AUGAUUAUGAUUGUUUCGAGUGAAAAUGCAAUGAAUAUUACUCAAAAACUUAUUAUUGCAUUACAUGAAUAUGUUACAAAUCAAAUAGUCAAUUAUCCAUUAGUUGAAAUCAGUUUUCAACUUCAAACAUUACUUAAUGAUUCAUGUUCUCCAAGUGUACAAAAAUCAAUCGAAAUUUUCAAUGAAUAUUUAAUUCAUACACAAAUAAAACCAUUAUUUUAUCGUCUAUUAUUACAUCCAGGUGUUACUGAAGAACAACUCGAACAUUUCAUGUUACCUAUUUGUCAGUUAGCUCGUGAAUUACCUCAUAUUGAAUUAGUUAUUUUCUUUGAUGAAGUUAAUACUUCAUCAUGUCUUGGACUAUUUAAAGAAAUGUUUAUGGAUCGAACAUUACACGGAAAUAGCCUACCGAAUAAUCUAUUUUUUACUGCUGCUAUUAAUCCAUCUAUUAAACCGAGUGAUGAUAAUCUCGUUCAUCGACAAGAUUAUCUCGUACAUCAAUUGCCACAAGCAUUAGAAAAUUUAAAAGUUUCCUAUGGAACAUUAGAACCAACAUCAUUGAAAGAUUAUAUUGUCAAGAAAAUUGCUAUGUUUCGUGUUAAUACCGAAAAUAAUAAUCAAAUAGUAAUGCCAUUAGAAGAAUAUGCACAAGAAAUGCUUGCCGAAUCUAUUCUUAACGCACAAGAUUUUUGUGAACGAUAUCUUGGACGAAAUUCAGUUUCACAACGAGAAAUUCAACGAUGUUUUAAUUUAAUUGAAUUCUUUUGGAAGAUGAGAUUUGAUGAUGAAAUUGAAAGUGGCAAUGAUUUAUAUCAACCAAAUCCUGUUCGAUGUAUUGCAUUAGCAUUAGCUUUAAUUUACUAUUUUCGACUUCCAACAAAAGAAGACAAUACACAACGAAAUGAUAAACAAACACCGCCACGUGAAGAACUUGCCAAAUUACUUUCUCGAACAAUACCAGAUUUUCCUAAUAUUAUUCAAACUGAAUUAGAUAAAUUUGUAAAUACAGACAAUUUUGUUAUUCCACAUGCUGUUGCCAUCAAUCAAGCUGUUCGUGAACAUAUAUUUGCUAUUGUCGUUAGUGUCGUCACUCGAACACCUUUGUGUAUAAUCGGUGCACCAGGUCAAUCGAAAACAUUGUCAUUUCAAAUUGUUUUACAAAAUUUACAAGGUUCACAAUUAUCAAUAAAACCAUUUUGUAAACGUUUACCAGCUAUCGAUCCUUUCUUCUGUCUCGGAUCAAAAUAUAGUCGUUCCGAAGAUAUAGCCUAUAUAUUUGAACGUGCUCUUAAACGUGAACAACAAUAUGAACAAAAUCGCAUGAAUACACGAUGUGUUGUUUUCUUAGAUGAAGCUUCAUUACCUGAUGAAAAGAAAAUGGUAUUAAAAGUUUUACAUCCUUAUUUGGAUGAAUGUAAAGUUGCAUUUGUUGCUAUUGCAAAUAAAUCAUUUGAUGCUGCUAAUGCAAAUCGAAUGAUUUGUAUUUAUCGUUCAUUACCAUCCGAAGAAGAUCAAAAGAUAUUAGCUUAUGGUUGUCUUGGUCUACAAAUUAAAGAUGGUCAACAAGCAGUAGAUAAUCGUCUUCAAGCAAUUAUUUAUGGUCUUUGUCAAGGUUAUCGUCGUUUACUAAACACACCGAAUAUUCCUCAUAUAUAUCAUGAUCGUGAUUUUAUUUAUAUGCUACGAGAAUUACGUUUCGAAUUGACAACAACAACAACUGAUGAUCAAGAGACGCGUAUUGCUGGAACUACACCAUUAAGUCUUCUACGAGCACUUGAAGAUAAUUUCAAUGGUGUAAAUAAAGAUGAAUUUGAGAAAUUAGUUGAAAUAUUUUUUCAAGCUGUUCAAGAACAAUGUUCUGAUUUUCGAGUACCAUCAAUUCGUCGUAAUGUACCAACUAUUCUACAUGAAUCAAUGAAACUUGAUUCAGUACGACGUCGUCUAUAUGGUCGUUAUAAAUUAAUUAUUGAUGAAUCAGAAGAUGAAAGUGCUGUUCGUCUAUUAUCACAAAAUGAAAUAAUUAAUAUCGAUCCUAAUCGAACAACUGUUUUUCGUAUGUCAGAUUUUCCUGAUGAUAUUCAUAAUGAAUUACGAAAUGUUGAAAUAUUAUCAACAAUAAAAUUAUGUAUGGAAACAGGAAAAACAAUAUUAAUGGUCAAUACAGGACGAAUUCAUGGUUCACUCUAUGAUGUUUUCAAUCAAAAUUUUUCUAUAAUGGCAACGGGUGAUAUGAGAAAAAUUUUUUCAAAAGUUGCUAUUGGUCCUAAAACAAUUGAUGUUAUUGUUCAUGAAGAUUUUCAAUGUAUUGUACAUAUUAAACGAAGUGAAUUCAAAGAUAUUCCAGCACCAUUUCUAAGUCGUUUUCAAAAAUAUUCAUUGAGUGUUAAUGAUUUUUAUCGAAUUCAAUUUGAACAACUUUCUAUAAAUGAACAGAUAAUUAUGAAAAAUAUUGAAGAAAAAUUACAAACAUUUAUUCAACAUUUUGGACGACAAUAUUUUUAUGGUUUAAAUGAUAAUACAUUAUAUUCAUGUUUAUUAUCAUUUAUUAAAAAAAAUGAAAAUGAACAAAAUUAUUUUCUCAAUAUUCAUCAAUAUUAUACACAAUUAAAUAUUAAAUCAAAAUCAUUUAUUGAACAAAAUUCAAGUGAUAUUCAAUUAUGUAUUUUACGUUCAGUUAUAUCAAAAUUAAUUCAACUUGUUUCACCUGAAUCAAUUAUUCUUAAAUUACCAACAUUUGAAGAUAAAAUUGCACGUUGGUUCCCAAGCAGACAAAAAUUUCAAAAAACGCCCAUUGAUCCAUUCUUUUGUCUUGGAUCAAAAUAUACUCGCUCAGAUGAUAUUGCUUAUAUAUUUGAACGUGCUAUUAAACGUGAACUCCACUAUGAACAAAAUCAAAUCGAUACUCGUUGUGUUGUUUUCUUAGAUGAAGCUUCAUUGCCGAAUGAAAAUAAAAUGAUAUUAAAAGUUUUACAUCCAUAUUUAGAUGAUUGUAAAGUUGCAUUUAUUGCUAUUGCAAACAAAUCAUUUGAUGCAGCUAAUGCAAAUCGUAUGACUUGUAUUUAUCGUUCGUUACCAUCGGAAGAUGAUCAAAAAAUUUUAGCAUAUGGUUGUCUUGGUUUAAAAUUUAAUUAUGAAAGGAACCCUAUAAAUAAUCAACUUAAUAACAUUAUUCAUGGUUUGUGUCAAGGUUAUCGUCGAAUACUUCAGUCACCGGAGAUUCCCCAUAUAUUUCAUGAUCGAGAUUUUAUUUAUAUGUUACGUGAACUACGUUUCGAAUUAAUAAAUAUCCAUCAAGAUGAACAUAGAAGUAUAGGUGAAAUAACGCCACAUAGUUUAUUGCGUGCAUUAGAAGAUAAUUUUAAUGGAAUAAAACAUGAUGAAUUCGAAAAAUUAACUAAUAUUUUUUUCACUGCAGUUAAUGAAAAAUGUCCAGAUUCUCGUUUUUCGUUAUCAGAUACACAACAAUAUCGACGUGAUAUACCAACUAUUUUACAUGAAUCAAUGAAAUUAGAUUUCAAGCAACGUCGUUUAUAUGGUCGAUACAAAUUGAUCAUUGAUGAGUCCGAUGAUGAAAGUGCUGUUCAUCUUCUUUUUCAAAGUGGUAUUCUCAAUCAGAAUCCAAAUCGAACAGCUAUUUUUCGCAUGUCAGAUUUUCCAGAUGAUAUCAAUAAUGAAUUACGUAAUGUUGAAAUCUUAUCAACAAUAAAACUAUGUAUGGAAACUGGCAAAACAAUAUUAAUGAUUAAUACAGGACGAAUUCAUGGUUCGCUUUAUGACGUUUUUAACCAGAAUUUUUCUAUAAUGGCAACAGAUGAAACAAGAAAAAUCUUUUCCAAAGUUGCUAUUGGUCCAAAAACAAUAGAUGUAGUUGUACAUGAAGAAUUUCAAUGCAUUAUUCAUAUAAAACGAAGUGAAUUUGAAGAUAUUCCAGCACCAUUUCUUAGUCGUUUUCAAAAAUAUUCGUUUAGCAUAACUGAUUCUUAUUCGAUUUAUUUAAAACAAAUCCCUGAAAACGAACAGACAAAAAUAAAAGAGGUCGAAGAAAAAAUAAAAUCAUUCAUACAACAUUUUGGACAACAAUAUUUCUAUGGUUUAAAUGAAAAUACAGUUCAUUCGUGUCUUUUAUCGUUGAUUAAAAAAGAUGAAAAUGGAGACUAUGGUCUUUCAAAUAUGCAUCGAAAUUAUUCACAAUUAACAAUCCAAUCAAAAACAUUUAUUGAACAAGAUCCUACUGAUAUUCGACAAUGUCUUUUGCUUUCAUUAAUAUCUAAAUUACUACAAAUUGUAUCACCCGAAUCAAUCAUAUAUAAAUUACCCACUUUUCAAGAUGAACUUGCGCAAUCAUUAUGCAAAAAUUAUUUUUAUCAACAAGAACAUUUUAAUAUUGACAAUUUUAUUCAUCGAAUGCUUUCAUCUCAAUCAAUCGAAUUAGAUAAUAAUAAUCGAUCAUUGACCGAUGAACUAACAGAACAAAACUCAAACAAUGAUAUUACUAUAACGACAAAAGUGAUGAUAUUUACGAGAACAUCAACUUUUGUUACCAGUUUGAACAAUGAAUCAAAACAGAACUUAUUGAGUAUUCACGAACAAAUUGAUGUCAUUAAUCUAGCAACGAUUGAAAAUUCUGUUGUAUUGCAAGAAUAUUUUCGAAAUUAUGAACAAGAUAAUGCUAAACAUGUUUUGAUUAUUAUUAUCGAUGGACGAAUUGCACAACAACGUGUACAUAUUCCAUUUAUUCGACAAUUGAUCGAUAGGCCUAAUCAAAUGCCCAACAAAUUUUUCAUCCUAUUAAUUCAUUCAACGGCGCAAGAACUAGAUCAUCGAUCAUGUUUUCCAUCAAUAUUCUUACAUGAUUGGGAUUUUUAUUUCAUUGAUACAUGUACACCUGGAAGUGCAUUUCAUCUUCAGAAAAUGUUACAAAUCUUCACAUCAUCUUUCGAAAAAAAACAACACGACGAACAACAAUCAACCGAUGAUAAAUUAUGUAACUUGAAUGUUUUAUUUGAUGAUUGUCUUUGGGAUUUUUGUUUACGUAUACAAAUAUUUCAUCAACAAAUACCACAGAAUAUGUUCAAAAAUCCAUUGGCACGUGAAUUUUAUCAACCUUCAACAAGUACAAAUCGACGUGUACAAUGUCUGAAAGAAAUUCUUAAACAAUCACCACAAUUACAAAAACGUAUAAUUACUAUCUAUUAUAAAAAUAUGUCUAUGAAUAAAAAUUCACUACAAAAAAAUUGUAAUUCAAUGUAUCAAAUGUCAAAAGAUAUUCUAUGUGGUAAACGUUUUACUAGUCUUGUUGAUUCAUUACAAACCGAAAUACGAAUAUCAUUUACGAAUUUUGUUUCCAAUAUUUUAAAGUUUAUUGUUAAUGAUUACGGAUUAGAAACAUUGAUGAAAUUAUCAACGGUUCAAAAUGGUUAUGAAUCAUUACUGAAUUUAAUCGAUUAUAAAUCAUUUGCUGCUGUUGAUGAUGAUAAAACUGUUUCGAGUCUUCAUGGAACAUUUCAAAUUGUCAGUCAUUAUUCAUCUAUACCUAAAACUCCAUUGUAUCACUUAUUUCAUCAACGUAUCAAAUCAUUGGCAGAUCAAAUCAAAUCACAAUUAAUGCACAAACAGAGUAGUCUUGAAGAGAACGAGACUGAUGUAUCGAGAGCACCAACAACAUUUAACAAUAAUUUUGAUGAUCAUGAAAUAACAGAAUUUACUCCUCAACAAUUUCGAAAUAAAUUAACAGAAUUAUUAAUCAAUGAUAAAAUCUUGAUGAAUAUUGUUUCUCAGUCCAUUAUUGAAUCGUAUACCCAAGAUUCCAUUCGAACAUUAUGCACCAUUGUUGAGAAAAAUUUCAAUAAUAAUCUUGAUCAAUGUCAGCAGACGAUUGAAUUUGUUUCUAAUUGGUUAUUACUUAUCGAUGAAAAUGAUUAUGAAUCUUUAAAUGCAGCUUCGAAUAAAUCUGUAUGGCUUCUUGGACAUAUUUAUACAUCAUUCGAAUACGAACAAAAUGAUUUAUUUUCAUUUUAUUCAGCUUGUCACAUAACAGAACGUCUUGAUCCAGCACAAUCAUUUUAUAGAAAUUGUUUAGAUGAUAAUCUCUUAACUCGUUCAAAAGUUCGAGAAAAUUUAUUUCGAUUUAUGUUUGAUUGUUUAUGGAAAAAUCUUUGUCAGUUAUGUUCAACUAAUGAUAAUAUUGAAUCAUGGAUUCACAGUUAUACAUUUAUUUCAAAAUAUUAUCCAUCAAAUAAAGUUUUACAACAUAUACAACUUGUUCGUGUACAAAGUCAAAUAGAAUUUAUGAAUUUAGCUUACCUUAUUUUUCUUAAUGAAACAAUAUCUGAACCAAAACAACUUAUUUUACAACUAUUAAAAGAUACAUCACUUAUUCAUAACGAUAUUAAUUCUCCUUAUGUUAAUAAUGAUGUAUCGAUUUGUUUACAAUUAUUACCAAUAAUUAUUCAAACUGUACAAAAAUAUUUUGAAACUAAAAAUAUUAACGAUUCAACAUUAAUGAUUGAUAUUCAACAAUGGAUUAUAUCACGAUUAAAAAAUGAAAAUCAAUUAUGUGAUCGAGAAAUAAAAUAUCUUUUUAAAUUUUUAAAUCAACCAACAUGUGAAUUAUCAUUAUCAAUGAAACAAUUUCUAUUCGAGGAAUUAUCUAACAUAUAUAUGGAAUAUAAACGACAAAAUCGAACUUCAACAAAUCGACAGACUACAGAUUUUUGGGAUCAUAUUUCUUUAUUAUCAAUUAUUAUUGAAUGUGUAACAAAUACAAAUCUUGAAAACUAUCAAAUACCAUAUCAUCCAUCAGUUAUUAAUACUAAUACUGAAAAACAAAUAUUAAUUGAUUUAUUUUUCUUUUAUCUGCAACGAUUGGCUCUUAGUGAAAUAGUCAACUGUGCACUUAUAAAGAAAAUAUUUAUGCCAGUACUACUGCAGAUUAAUAAUGGACGUUUACAAACAUCUGCAGAGAUUUUAUUACAAAAAUUUCAAGAUUUUUUUUUAUUACAAAUGACAGCAUUAUUCUUAUGUCAAAAUAAUAUAGACAACUACGAUAAGAAAGAAGUUGAUAGAAUUCUAACUACAAUUAUUAAUAAAUAUCUAAAAAAUGAUUCAUUAGAAACAGAAAAAUUAUCUAAACAUGUUGAACUAUUCUUAUCAAUAAUUGUAUCAAAACGAUCAUGGAAUUUUCUUUUAAGUCUAUUAAAAUUUGAACGUUUUCAACGUCUCAAUGCUCAAUGGGCGAAUCAUCUUCAUAGUUUACUUGAAAUACAAUACACUUCGAAUCGUAACAACUAUUUACAAUUAUGUCAUCAAAUACAAUUUACUCUAACAAUUGAUAAUUCUUUAUCAAUUUUUCCUAAACUCCAUCAACCUUAUAAUGAAUUAAUGAUAGUCAUUGAUCAGUGUGUACAAAAUACGGAUCAAGAACAGUGUUGGGCACCUUUAUCGGAUUGGAUUCAACUUAAAUUAAAUACAGAUCAACCUAUUCUCGAUUUAGUAGAAAUAAAAGUUAUGUUACUAUUAAAUAUUUAUUAUAAUUAUUAUUGUAAUGGUCAAUUAGCCUCUCUAAAUACUUUAUUACCCGUGAUUGAAAACAUUUUACAACCGUCAUCCGAAGAAUUACGAAUAUUUCGAGCAUUUUUACAACCAGAACAAUAUAUGGUGGGAUAUCCAAACAUGAAUAAUAGUCAAGACGAUAAUUAUCUUAAUAAUUCAUUUAGACUUGAUUGUCAAGACCAAGAGGAAUUGAACAUUCGUCAUACAUUGGUCAAUCUAUUAGCUAUGAUUAUGUUGGGCGGAAGACAAUGUUUUCUAUGGACAUUUACAUUUGAACCAUUGAAAUUGCAAAAUACGUUUGGCUUUGGUUCGACAGCUCGUACAAUUAUUAGACAUGAUAGUGUUCAUUAUGAUUGUGGAUGUAUCAUAAGCGAAACUGGUGAAUUAUAUCGAUUUUCAACUCGUGAAAUAAAUGAAAACUCAUUGAAUGUUCCAGCAGUUUACGUUGCUUAUUUUGCAACUUUUGGUGCUUUAGCUUGGCAUUUAUUAUUAUUUGAUACAUCUGUUCAAAAUUUAAACGGCCCAAUCCUUUCGUCCGGUGCGAUAAAUGCAGUUGAAGAAAUUCGAUUUCGAAUUGCUGGUAAUAGUAUACGAGCAAAAGUGUGUCAUUUUGUUCGUGCUCGAUUAUUUCUAACAUAUAACUUUUUGUCAUUAUUGGCAAAUGAAGAUGGUGCAUGCAUUAUAUUAAAUCGUUGUUUUGAACAAAUAGCUCAAUUAACUCGUCAACAUAACGAAAAUUUAUGGAUUAAACCUUUAUUUACAACGCUCAAUGAUCAGCUGAAAGCAGAACAAGAAUUUCAAACCAGAAUCUAUUAUCCUGUUCGCGAACAACUUGGCAUAUGUAAAAAGGUUAUCA